AUGGCUGAUAUGAUCGUGGAUAUGAUUAGCGGUGGGGGCGCGAGCGCGACUGCUGAUUGGCUGAUGGGACCCAGGGCGAACGUCCCACCCUCGCCCGCCUUCCCGGCCCGCGCGCGGCACCCGCGCUGGAUCCCUCCAGGGCUCCCGGGCACACGACUCGCGUCAGUCAAAGCCGUCACAGAGAAGGCAGUGGACUUGCCCAGUGGUAUCUGGACACUGAUGGAGGAGAAACGGAUCACAGAGCCUAAGGGAGCUGGGCAUGGCAGACAGAAAGCAUGGUGGGCCAUCAAGCUUGAUGUCAACCCUGGUGCGGCACCUGCCAGGCUGCUCAGCUUCUCUUGCUCCUUGGAGAAGACAGUGUGGUGCAGCUGCUCCUUCCACGGGGUCCCCACGCCAACCUUGCCGUGGUAGAUUGGAGGUGCCCCUAUGGGUGUGAACAGUGCAGAUGGCAGCUCCCAGGUGACUUCCGCCACACACGGCCCCUGGGCCAACAGCACCAGCCUGUCCAAGGAGCCAAAGAUGGGAAGGGGCCUUCUCUGUGAGGGCAAGAACCAAGAUGGAACCCAUGCUCUGAGUGUCCUACUGAUGUCAAGAAGAAGUCCUUGGACUGCUCAGUUCUUCUUGAAAGGGCUGGUCCAGGGUGCUGUUCAGGGGUCCACUGCAGUCCUGCUGCUCUUCCUGUGGCUCUUCCCCCUCGUGUAAGUCUUGAAACAUAUCAGAAUGAAGUGGGCAGAGAAAACUGCAGGCCUCGAAGCGCGAAAGAGCCCUGAAUUCAGAGCAGCCCAAGAGUCUAAGAUGCCUCUGAAGCCUGAGGAACCAGGAAAAUCCAUAAUCAUCCCAUCUUCUGAGAGCGAGCUCUUGGCAAACAAGGUAGACCGGAGUCAGUGA